AUGCUUACAGCAAAACACCGAACUAUUACAACCAGUAUCGGUGAAACGCUUGAACUGAUAAUGAGAGUUGAUGGUGUUGAAAUUAGCAGCUUACGAUGGAAAAAAGAUGGAGGAUCCAAUAUAAUGGAAUGGGACGGUCUCAGCAAUGUUACCGUUGAAAAUGUUCGGAAAAAAGACGCUGGUAUCUACGAAUGCUACCCGGAAGGACAACGAGAUCAGGGUCAACACGCUAUUGUACGAGUACUUGUUCGAGAAUGCCCUCAAGGAAAGUGGCUGCAUCCUAAUUGUGAAAUCAAUUGCCCUAUAUGCUAUAAUGGAGGCGUGUGUUCUGAUCAAUUCGGAUCUUGCAUCUGUCCGCCGGGCUUCACCGGAGAUAACUGUGAAGAAGCGUGUGGUUAUAACAACUGGGGGCGUGAAUGCAAUAUAAUUUGCAGCUCAAGUAAGCGAGGUUGUCCAAAUGUCAUGUUUUGUCUACCUGACCCUUUCGGUUGUUCAUGUAUGUCCGGAUAUGGUGACACUGAUUGUAGCCAAGAUUGUGACACUGGAACAACAGGGAACUAUGGACCGGGAUGCCUUCUUGAUUGUCACUGUGACGCUGCUGUCUGUCAGCCGUCAGAGGGCUGCAACGAAGGAGUCACUUGUCAUACUGGUUACACUGGCAGCCGUUGUCUAGAAAGAGAUCCGAAUGUCGAAUGUCCCGGUGGCUUCUAUGGCGAACAGUGCACCAAAAUAUGUCACUGUGAAGACUCAUCAAAUUGUAAUCGAAAUAGCGGAAAUUGCCCAGUUGGUGAUGCUUGUAAAGAAGGAUGGGCUGGGGAAGGCUGCCAACAAGGUAAGACAGACAGUUAAAAGAAUGUAUAAUGUCAUCCAGAUUAUAAACAAAAAUAAUUUCAAUAAAGUUUA